AUAUUGACUGCUCGGACGACUUGGCUGCUGUGAGCGUAUGUUUCGUUGCCUGGCAACCUAUAGUUAGACUUGAAGUUCAAAUUCAUGAAGGCACAUUGCAAAAGGCGCUGGCUCACUACUCAGGAGGUUCUGAGAAUGAUCCCGGUGCCGAUCAAGAAAUAUCCACAGGAUUUUCGCGCGUGGUAUCCCCUUGUCAAUGGAUGCACAAAUUGCCACGAUCUAACAAACUGAGAGGAAUUGACUAAAAUGAAGUUUUUGCCCCACUCUCUAUCAAGUAAACCAAACGGAAUUUUCCCCACCCUCAAUCAAGGGAAUUGUCGAAAGACAAUACCAAUACCCCACUCUCUAUCAUGCAGGGGAGGGGGGCGGGAUGGCCGAAUGGUUAGCACAUGCAUGCUGUAUCAUAAGGUCUGUCAUUGAGUCAACUGGCGUGGUUUCGAUGCCCCAGUUGUUCGUGACAAGGAGUAGGGUUGCCUGUCCAACCUCGAGGGUUUUCUCCGGGUCCUCCAGAUUCCUCCCACUGCUAAAGACCCCUACGCGCAAGCAAAUUAUUGAAAUAAAAUUGAACCAUAUGUUAGUCCCAAAAUGACUUAGUUUGUGUUGAGUGGACAUUAAACCCCAUCUCUCUCUCUCUCUAUCUCUCUCUCUCUCGGAUGUUUUUAUCGUUUCAACUCAACAUCAAGUUUCACCUGAAGUUGGACCAACAUGGCUUCCCCCGAAGCUGAAACCACGGAGGAUACGACCACAGCGGUGGUAGCAGUAGAAUGUGAUGUAUGUGGAGGAGAGCAUCAGACAGAAUAUUGUCCAGAACUGGGACUCGCGGAUCCUGGCACAGUCAUCGAAUUUGUUUCCAGAGCUCGUCUUACACUACCAGACACGAUGCAGAUUAUAGAAAUGGCCGACGGAUCCCUGGGAGUUUCCUCAAAAGUAGUUGUCCCUCAAAAAACCCAGCUUGGCCCGUUUGAAGCUAAACGAACUAACUGUGAUAUAGAAGCCAUGGAUUUCUUUAUUCUAAAGAUGUUUAAUAAAGAUGGCAGUAUAACCUGUUUUGAUGCGUCAGAUGAGAAUGAAUGUAACUGGAUGUGUUUAAUACGACCAGCUGACUCGGUAUACAAUCAGAACUGUAUGGCAUACACCAUCAAUCACAACGUCUUCUACAGUACAACCUGUGUAAUCAGGCCGGACGAAGAACUACGGGUCUGGUACGCUCCACACUACGCUAAAAAAUUAGGUCGUGAUGCGAAACCUAAUGGAACUACUAGAACCAUGUUAGGAGCCCUAUUAGUAACAGAACAGCCUGAGUUUCCUAUUAAAACAGAACCAGUUGAUGGAGAUCCCCCAGAAGUUAAAUUAGAGGCCCGUCACACCUGUCAGACCUGCUAUAAAAGCUUUUCUAACGAUUCAGACUUCGCUAAACAUAUUAGAAGCCACAUCAUUCCAGAAAGGUCUCUCCGGGGACCCUAUAAAUGUAAGAAGUGUCCCAGUAGGUUCAAGAAUGUGGGGAAACUUCGAGAACACAUGGCUAACCAUAACAAAAAACAUAUCUGUUUAUUUUGUGAUAAGAAAUUUGCCUCUAACCAUGUUCUGAAACAGCACAUCAUUCUUAAACACUCAGACACCUCGACAAAACCCGGGGGAUCCAAGGAAAUCGUAUCCGAAGAUCCACAUAAACACUCAGACAGCCCGACAAAAACCACCGAAGGAUCCAAUGAGAUCAUCUCCCCAGGUCGACAAAAGUUUGCCCCUCCGAUGAAAGAUAUAUUGCCCCAGUCUGUUCCAGAUUCCGAUGUCCAGGAAGCGGCGGAAAGUAUCAUGUCACUCCGAAAAGCAGCAGAAGCUACGAAAACAGAUCCUGGAGUCGCCACUAAAGAUUCGGAUGUAGAAUUAGAACAAUUUAUCCCGAAACUUGCGGAAGAUGCCCCAUCUGUACUCAACACCGAUACUAAAGAUGAUGAUGGUGAUGAUCCCGGGAAUGAUUUUGAUAAUGAAAACAAUUCGACGGUUCCUUCACCUACGUCUGCUGAUGUUAGCAAUACUUCUACUGCUGCUGCUGGGGUUACAGAAGAUCCCAUGGAUGAAUCAAAACAAGCAGGGGAGAAUGAAGUUACUGAAAUAAAUGAAAAUCAACUUAAUUUGACUUCUGAAGACACACCCAUACCAGUGGAGGACAAUCGGUCAAAUCAGCUUACUGACGACACACCUAAGACGUCCACGAAAAGAGGUCCAGGGAGACCACGAAAAUCUAAAACCACCAGUCUGGAAAUCGAGAAAAUGACUCGUAAACGUAGUCCACCGCCAGUUAAGACGUUUAUCCCUUCUGCUAAUCGCAGCCCACAGCCUACGGUUAAGACUAAGGCGUCUAUUCCUAUUCGGAAACGCAGCCCACAGCCUGUCAUUAGAACGUCUGCCCCUACUCCAUUGCGAGUUCUUCCACGACGUGCCAAUAGAGGCAUUCGGACAACUGGAAAAUUCGCUGACGAAUCCGAUGAAGAUGCUAGUCCCAAAAAAUCUAGAACACCGCAUGGUGAGAAAAAGGGUCGCGGCAGACCCAGAAAAUCUGAAAUUGAACCAACAUCCAAAGCGGAAGAACAAAAGAAUGAAGAAGACGAUGAUGUUGAUGAUGAUGUUGAUGAUGAUGAAGAGGAGGAGGAGGGGGAUGAAUUUGAAUAUAUGGACGACGAAGAUGACGACAUGGAUUUUAAGCCGUCAAGAAACGAACAGGCCGACGACGAUCAUUAUAUUUCUGACUCCCCGUCACGUGGUAGGAAACGAAAACUGAGAAAAUAUGGCGAGGAGCCCAAACGAAGGAUACGUAUUGACAAGGAUGAGGAAAUACUGGCGCUAGAAGCCUUGACGGUUAUCACGGAAGAUGAUGACGGUGAAAAACUGUACAAGUGUGGAAAAUGCGGGAAAAAAUUCACUCAGCAGUCUUAUCUUAGACUCCAUCUUCCAGCCCACACAGAUCGCUACAAAUGCGGUGAUUGCGGGAAAAGGUUCACGCGUAACGAAUCGUUCCAGAAACACCAAUGUCAGAAGACGGAACAAGUUUAUUUCAUGAAGGAAAGGGUUAACGAGGAUGACCCGAACAUUUAUUGCUGUGCUCAAUGCAAAAAGGAAUUCACCCAGCUUGAUUUCGUCAUCAAGCAUUUCGCCUUGCAUUCGGAAAGCCAGAAAUGUCCCCGAUGCGGGAAAGUUUUCCCCGUUGAAGAAGAAUACAACAAACAUAUGGAGACUGUUUGCGAGGAUCCCGUGGAGUUUGAAUACUCAUGCGACAUUUGUAAACAAACUUUCAAAAACGAGAAAUAUUUAUAUCGCCACAUGGCCGUACAUACCGAUCUCCAUAAAUGCGACAAGUGCGGGAAAUGUUAUUCGCGUAAGGACUCGUGGCAGACGCAUAUUCUCCGCUGUAUGCCAGAGACUGUCGACGACCUCCAGAUAUUCGUCUGCACGAACUGCAAAAAGACUUUCGCCACCCAGCUUGGCGCCAAUAAUCACAUGGUUAAUUGUGCUAAACACUGUUGUUCCGAAUGCAAGACGGCGUUUCAAUCGGAGGAGGAGCUGAAGAUCCACGAGUGUUUAGGCAGCGAGGCUUCCAAAAAUAUCACCAUCCAGUUCCAAUGUACGAAAUGUAACAAAAACUUCUCUUCCAUCACGUACCUCAACCGACACGAGGCCAGUCACCAGGGAGCCUUUGAUUGCGAUAUCUGCCACAAACAGUUCAGCCGCAAAGAAGAACAUUCAAUGCAUCAUAGAUUUUGUUUGGCGAAUCAUUUGAUCCAGGAGAACGGGCAAAUUGAAUGCGAAAUUUGUACUCAGAUUUUCCGCGAUUCGAAAGAAUAUCGCGACCAUUAUCACUCCCAUACCCACCCGCACUACUGUACCGCAUGUCAUAAACGAUUCAUCAAGGUAGGGACGCUUCAUAACCACAAAUGUGAGCCGAUCUAUUUCGACACGACGGGGCAGUUCCUCUCGUGCGAGCAGUGUCAGAAGAAGUUCCGGAGCGAGAAGAACUUGAUACGUCAUCAGGUGAUUCACGGCACGCCACAGUUUAAGUGUGAUUCGUGUCAACGACAAUUCUUCCGUAAAGAUUAUCUCGCCGACCAUGUCUGUUCUCUGCCGGACGGGACGAAAAUGAGGAUCGUCAGAAAAAAGAACAAAGUGCAGAUUCGUGAAAAUCUCGUCUGUCAUCUGUGCGGUCGACCAUUCACGAGUUCCAGCAAUUUGAAUAAACACAUGCGUAUUCAUGGCGAGAAAAAAUAUGAAUGUCCCAUCUGCUUCAAGAGAUUCCAUUUUGAAAAUUAUGUCAAGCUCCACACGGAGAUGGUCCACGAGAAGAAGUUCCGCUAUCAGUGUUCGUACUGCGGUAAAGUUGUCACGUCGAAGGCGGGGCUUAUGUGUCAUAUUCGUCAAUUCCAUACAACCAAUGCUCCCACGUACAAGUGUCCCACCUGCGGCAAGGUGUUCCGGCAGAGUGGUAACCUGAAAACUCACAUGUUUUCCCACGACAAGGAGAAGAAAUUUCAGUGUAGUUUGUGUCCCCGAUCGUUUAAGUAUCCCGAACAGAUGAGGCGCCAUAAGCUCGAACAUACCAUGGUUGAUAAAUACACGUGCGAAAUUUGCGAUAAGAAAUUUGUCCGAGCUUACGAACUAAAACGCCACAAUCAGAAUUUCCAUAGCGGUAUUGUCUACGUCUGUGCGCUGUGUAGCGAGCGGUGCGGACAUCGUCACACAAUGAUACGUCAUUUCAAACGAAAACAUCCACACAAUAUGGAUCUUGUUCGCAACUCUGUUUCAUUGGACGAUAUGCGUCGUCAAGGUGAAGUAGUAGAGGUCAAACAGGAGCAACAGGAAACCACCAUUUUACUGGAAACUGUCCAACAGCUAGAGAACACGCUGUCAGGAAAUUCAACAGCCGAGAUUAUUCUACCAGAUAAUUUGGCUGCGGAGGCUCUUCAAGAUCUAUCUAAUGCCGUUAUUUCGACAAACAGUUUAGGCCAGGAGACGAUCACCAUUCCAAGUUCCAUUCAGUCCUCAAUCGACGGCAUUGAAACCGCGGACGGUGAACAGACGGUGGUUAUUCUGCAGAUCAUCAACCCAGAGGACCAGGAAGAAGUCGCCGAGGAAGUCGUUGGUUCUAUGGAGUUCAUAGAACAAGAAGCGAUCGAGGAACACGAGAACGUGAUGGAAACCGUCGAGAUACAACCUGAAGGUGUCAGUAUAGACGAUAUACAUGUAAUAGAGGAACAGUGAUUGGUUGAUACAGACAGCCACAUGAUACAACAGAAAUGAUUGGUUGAUAAGACACACAUGGUACAACAGAACUGAUUGGACCUGAUUUCACCAUCAACAGACACCCACAUGGAUGGGUUGGACCUUACAUAGUAUAACAUCAUUGGUUGGCUGUAUCUGACCUCACCAUUUACUACAAAAACAUUGAUUGAUUGAUCUGAACAACAGGAUAAACAACAGCGACGAUUGGUUAAAUCACAACAGGGAUUGGACGAUUGAUAAUGAAACAAAUGCGACUGGUUGAUUAAGACUAUAUAAACAUUAUUUGACUGGUUAAUCCAAGGUUUAAGUAACACCUAAGAGUUAAGUAGAAAUUGUAACUUAACUCGCUGAACGAACUUAAAGAUACAUUAUGUAAGAUUUAGAUAAAGAACUAGCAGUCCUCCCUAUGCGCGCUAUAUCAUAAGGUCUGUCAUUGAGUCAACUGGCGUGGUUUCUGUACGUGACAAUUAGUAAGGUCGCCGGUCCAACCACGUUGGUUUUCUCCGGUAUCCUCCCACUGUUAGAGAACCCUGCGCGCAAGGGAAUUAUUGAAAUAAUGAAAAUCAACCAUGUGUUAGCCCCGAAGCGCAAAACAAACCAAUACAUACAAAAUGAUUAACCGACAAUGCCAUAUUUGACCCAUACACCGACAAAAGAUCUCUCUUUUUUCUUUCUUUUUUUUGUCAUUGUGACCCAGUUUAUUGUAAAAAGGAAACGUGUUAUAAUUCUACACAUUGUAUCCAAAAUUUCAAUUAUCCAUAACUUUGUUUAUUUUUAUGAAAUCAUUUAAAGAUACAUUAUGGGAGAUUAGAUAAAGAGCCGACAGUUCUCACUAUAAUAGUUAAAACUUAAAUAAUGUAAAGGCAAUUUGCUGAAAAUUUGAGUCAAAUUGGUGCACUCUGAACCGAGAUUUUAGCGAUUGAAUUUACGGCCUAGCCUCGAUUGUUAUUACUAAAGUCAGUACGAUAAAAAACAUAGUCUCGAUUAUCCAUUUCAUGAUUAAAUUAUGAAUGGAAGUCGAACAGCAAAUCAGAACCUAAUCCAAUAAACAUCGCAGUCUAGCGAUGCCAUCUAGAGUUGAUUACUGUCUGGAUAAGUUAAUUAAUGUCUAAUUAAUAAUUUAGAUAACAUUUCAGGCCUAAAGAAAGACCUGCAAUAGGCAGAUUUAGCUCUCGCAUAAUGUAUGUUUAAUAUGAUUAAUACAAUGACGUCAUUAUUAAUGUGACGUCAUAAUGUAUGUUUAAUAUGAUUAAUGCAAUGACGUCAUUAUUAAUGUGACGUCAUAAUUUAUGUUCAAUUUUAUGUAGGUUAUGAUAUGUAGAAUACGCAUAUCUAUGCAAUCUGAUUAAAACACAAAUCCUAUUUCGUUUCGUUUUUUUAUUAUUCAAAAUUUGGUUUUACUUGUCUUCACAACACUAGGAUCUCGAAGAGUUGUUAUAUAACAGGCGUUCUAGUUGAUGUGAGGAAUUAGCCAAUGAAACGGUCUAUUACGGCGAAUUCUUGGCGUGUGAUGCACGGAACUGGGUAAACCACUAGAGACGUCAACGCUGAUUGAUUAUUCAAUGUCUGACGUCAUAGGGUCACAAGCCGCUCGUGUGAGCCCCUGGCACGACCUCCCAGUACAACUGGUCAGAUCUUCAUAAAAAAAAUAUAGAUCUGUAUUUUAAUCAGAUUGCAAAAUAACCUAAUACUGUGUUGACUUGAUGAGACAUUAAAGCGAGAAUUUCAUAUUUUCUAAGAAAGUUAAAACAAUUAUUUCUAUGUCUUUUGCUCAAUAGGUUGUCAACUCACUAUUAUACGAUCAUAGUUAUCAUUCUCACACUCAAAAAUAUUUCACACCGGAAAUAAUAACACAAUUACCUCCCUUGUUUUUCUAUUCCCUGCAAUGGAAUAGCUAUCUUCAAACGUUUGAAUUUGAAGUUGAAAAUGAUAUUUUUGCCAAUUUCUCAACUGGCAAUAGUGAUUAUUCUUUAUCAAGGUAGGACUGUUUAUACAUAGCGUCGAUUUGAAGGCAUUAUUUUAAUACAUUAUAAAAAUAUAACUUAAAAAUAUGAAAUUGUAUCUUUAAAUUCCAUUGUAUAUAAAAUUUGAAUUGAGACCAUAUGCUGUGAUCUUACCUUAGAUACACUCGGCAAACCUCAGCAGAUUCCAGUAUGCAGAGUAACGGAAUCAUCCGAGCUUUGCCUUGCUGAGUGAAUUUAGAUACAAUACAGUCCUGUUUGAUUGAGGGGGGUUGGAUGGCCGAAUGGUUAGCACGUGACAAAGAGAAGGGUCGCCUGUCCAACUUCGUGGGGUUUCUUCGGGUCCCCCGGUUUCCUCCCACUGCGAAAGACUCCUACGCGCAAGCAAAUUAUUGAAAUAAAAUUGAACCAUGUGUUAGCCUCGAAAUGACCUAGUUUGUGUCGAGUGGAUGUUAAACUCUCUCUCUCUCUCCCUCCCCUACUUGAUUGAUGUAAACACGGAAUGCAAUUCAACCAUUUUUGAACAGAUAACAGUAACUUUUCACCAAUAAACAGGCCCUUUCUACUGCUCAUUUUCUAGUCUAUAUUUCUAGAAAUGAGCAGGACUAAAAUUAGUUUAUUGGUGGAAAGUUACGUCUACUCACGUAGAACGGCGUAAAUCGCUAACGUUGAAAUUUACAUGUGACAGGUAACAUUGACAUUCGGGAUCGUGUUAUACUUAUGGAAAGGAUAUGUUGACAUAAUAACUUACAAUAUUUAAAAAUAAUUUUAAAAAAAGGUUUUCCGGUUGUCUUUAAGUAUCCUUCGAGAAGUAUUUAUUCUGCUUGCAUUUAAUAAAAUUGAAAUUGUUUAUUUAAUCGCUGUGUGAAAAGGGUUAGAGCAGCAUUACAAAACGGGGCCCUGUUUCUCGAAAUCUUAACUAAAGAUAAAAUCCAAAUUUUAGUAGAUACUUCAAUUUUGAUUGGCUAAGCACUACAAUCAGUCUAAUAUUAUCCAAUCAAAUUACUAAAAUUUGGAUUUUAUCUUAGUUAAAAUUUCGUGAAACAGGCCCCAGUAUACUAAUUGUUGGAUAUGGCGGCCAUUUAGGACAGAGAUCUAUUCUCGAAGUAUGAAGUAGAUGGGUCUCUGUGCAGAAUGAUGACUCUGUGUGGAAAUUACGGAUAUGCCUAUCCCUAGUGGGCAUGAAAAUAAUUUUCUAAAGUAAGACCAAAGCAUUAAGAUCUUGAUAUUUAUUUUGUUGGCUAGAUCUAUUUCCGAAGGUCACCUUCAGAUUUUCUCAGGUCGAUGAGAUGUAAAUAAGGUUAGUGCACGUGAUUGAUGGCGAGAUUGUGGGUUAGGGCUAGGUCCAGGGUGAGGGUUUGGGAUUGGUGCUAGCCCCGUUUACAUCUCGUGACCUUUGACCAAAUCUGCAGGUGACCUUAAGAUAUAUAUCUAGCCAUAUAUUGUUAGUUUAUUUUGUACAUGUUUCAUCAUAAUUUAAUGUUCCACUUUAUACUAGUCUGUUAUUCAACUAAAAUAAAACUUGCCUGUUGCAGUCA